CUAUAAAAGCGAUGUUGAAAAACGAACUAUAGAUCCCUGUCUUUAUCAGAUACGAUUAGAUCUGCGACCGCAGAAAAAAAAAUAAAAAAACUUCCGACGUCAACGACCACCACUUAAACACUCAACACCACAACCACCACAAUGCCUCACAAGCACAAGAGACGCCAAAAUGACAAGUACCUCCACGACCUCCCCCCGUCACUGGUCGCAAAACCUCUCCCAGCCCGAGACCUCAGCGCCAAAUCCAAAGCUACUGGAAGAAAGAAGAAGGAGGAACAAGAAAAUUUAAAACGGAAAUAUGAAACUAAGCAGAAGGCCGGUCAAGAUGAUACCCCGCGAGCAUUCCGUCACUUGAUGCAAUUCCAAGAACGUCUGAAGCAGAAGCAACAAUCGGCCAGCACCAAGACAGACGACGCAGAGAGCGGCAAGAAGAAGAGAAAGAGGGGCACAGAGGAUAGAAAAGAAGAAUCGAUACCAAAGAAGAAAUCUGGUGCUGCUACUACUACUACUACUACUACUACUACUACUACUACCACGGAUGCCACCGCUGCCGCCGCAAAGUCUGAACCCCAGGGCCCGAAAAUCCUCCCUGGUGAGAAAUUGUCCGACUUCUCUGCACGAGUUGAUCGUGAGAUGCCAUUAUCCCUGAUGAAGCGGUCCGAGAAAACCCCUGCAGGCGACAAUCCCAAAAUCCGCGAACAGCGUCUGACCAAGCACGACAAGCGUCUGCGGCGGCUGCAGGCACAAUGGCGCGAGGAUGACGUGAAGAUCCGCGAGCGCGAACAAGAAGAGCGCGAGGAACGGGAAGCGGAAAUGGAGGACCAGCUUGAAUUGUGGAAGCAGUGGGAGACCGAGGCUGGGAAGACCAAGGCGAAGAAGAAGGCUGAGGCACAGAAGAAAAAGAAGAAGAAUAAGGGGAAUAAGGGGAAUGGGAAUGCCGCUACCGGUGAUGAUGAUUCAGACGACGACUAUGAUGGCGCAGAUCCCUGGGCUAAAUUGAACAACCCGGAGCGCAUAAACAGGCAAACAAACCCUCAGGAUGUCGCGCAGGCGCCGCCACAGUUGACCAAACCCAGAGAGAUCUUCAAGGUCCGUGGUGGUGCUAAGGUCAAUGUUGCCAACGUACCGACUGCUAUGGGAAGUUUAAGGCGAAGAGAAGAGUUGGCCGAUGAGAGAAAGAAUAUCGUGGAGGAAUAUAGACGACUUAUGGCCGAGAAACGACAAUAGUGCUUUUCUUUUCUUUUCUUUAUUCUCUCUCUUCUUUGUUGUUGGGAGCAUGUUUAGAAGAGUACAUUUGCAACUCUUGAUUUCUAUGCAGGAAAGAAAAGUAUUUAUGAUGCUUUUUAUAUACAAUGUACCUAAUACCCCAUAACACCAGAUCCUAAACUAAAAGAGGACUUUUUGCUAUAUCAAACAAUCACAAUACAACCCUUACUCUUGCUGCAAAGAUUUAACGUAAUCUGCAGCCUUAGCCUUAAUCUCCUCAACCAUCUUCUCAUUACUACCCUUCUCCUCGAAAUCAAGCCAUUUCUUGAAGAAGAACUUCGCCUGCUUGGCCCGGAGCUUCUUGCCCGUGCCAGCCGCAAC